GUCAGCGACAUCUCUGUUUAUCACUGGAUAUCGACGCAGCUGCUUUAGAUUGCUCCGGGUUUUCGCCAACAGCAGCUGAGCAAUUAAACUGUCAGCUGUGCAGAUAAAUGGCGUAGAACCGCCGCUAAUAUCAACCCUGUUUAUGAGACAUUCCACUUCCCAGGUCGGGAUUCAAGACUUUUUCCGGCAUAUUUGUCCCGCUGUGGUGGCCUCGGUUGGAGGACAGCGGCGUUUGGAAGUCCAGAAGGGAAGACCUCACAGGUGUCUGAGAGGAGGCGUGAAAGUAAAUCUGUAAGCCAGUCACCGUUUUAACAGAGAAGGUCACCAGAGAGAAACGAGGGACUGAAGGAGGCAAAAGACGAACUUUGCUCCAAAGCCAGAGACAAUUUACAGCUGGCGGCGGACAACCGAGUGAGAAAACAUUUCAAUGGCAUACCGACUUUUUGAAGGGAAGGAACAUGCUUCCAUCUACCAACAGUACCGUUUUACGCCUCCGUCUGGGCUCAAGGACAUUAUCAUUCAGUACUUGGACAAAAAGAAAGGACCGCCGCAUGAGCUCGCUGUAGACCUGGGAUGUGGAACGGGUCAGCACACUCGGCUACUGGCGCCGCACUUCAAAGAAAUCGUCGGCAUCGACGUCAGCGAGUGCCAGCUGGAGGAGGCGCGGAGCGUGCCGGGUUACACCAACAUCACGUACCGUACGGGGACAGCAGAAGAGCUUCCUUUUGAGGAUGGCACUGUGGACUUGUUGACAGCAUCUUCAGCGGCACACUGGUUCGACAGGUCCAGGUUUCUGAUGGAGGCCAACCGGGUCUUGAAACCGAGGGGCUGCAUCGCUCUGCUGGGCUUCAUUGACACUAACAUCAGCUUAAACUACAAGGACUGUGGAGACAAGCUAAACCGGAUCUACCAGGAGGUGAAGGAGCUGCUGCAGCCGUACACGUCCAACCCAGUUGCUGCGUCUGAGAGUAAACUGCAAGACUUGUACGAUGCCAUACCCUUUCCAGACAAGGAGAGGAUCGAGAGUUAUCAGAACAAAUCCAUGAUCUCUGUCAGCAGGUUGGUGGGUUUUAUUAGCAGCUGGUCCAUGUACCAUUCCUACAAGAGAAAAGACCCUCAAGGUGCUGAAGACCUGCUGGCCAACAUCCAGAAGAGGUUCCUGGACGAAAUGGGCGCCUCUUCUCCUGACACUGAAAUAGAGCGGGAGUGGGAAUAUUUCUGCGUCCUGGCUUCAAAGCCCCUGUGAUCAACUGAUACUAGCAAUGUUUUUUUUUUUUUUUUUUUUUUUUUUUUUCUAAGAUGUUGCCAUUUAUAAUUCAGUAAAGCUAAGAUCAAUCAGAGUAUGUACAUUUGUGCUUAACAGGUCUAAAACCCUGGCAGAAUUUCACAUUUUUCGGGUGCUUUCUGGGAAAUAUGAAUGAUGUAAAAAA